AUGGGGUCUGUCUUCCCUGACAGGGAGAGUAUGGUGGGUCUGGGAAAGCUAGGCGUCUACCUGGCCUCUCUUCUGGAGUCAAAGAUUCCAGUGGGUGGGGCUUCGGCAGCGGGGAAGAAACAUGGAUUCCGUGUUACUAGCAGUGAAGUGGCUCAGGCCUACCAUCUUCUGCACCAAGUCAACAUGACCGCUCCUGGCACUGGAAGUCAUCUGAGCGGACUAGGGCUCUACCUUGCUGUGAAUGCUCUCAACUUUGCGGAGGCUGAUCGUCCGAAGAAGCGACUCCCAGGUCCAGUCGUCUCUGAGAUAUACUGCUCUCUCGGUCUCCAGAGCUCCCUCUCACUCCCCCACCUCUCCUCCCUGGCCUUGCUGCACGCCCAGCUGAAAUGGACAACCACUCCUCGAGUGAAAGAGUUUCCUUCUGAACGGGAGGGUGGGAGGCGGAAGUCAGCCUCGGCUCUCGUCUCUACCAGGGCCCUGCAGGCCACGCCCACCGAGACCCUCCUACAUCUGUGCGGAGUGACGAGCAACGCCCUCCAGACGUGCGUGACUGAUGUCCUCCAAGAUCACUCUGACUCUGUGGAGAACGAGCUGCACCAGCUGGGUUUACUUCUGGCCUGCGACUGGCUCCUGGAACUGAGGAUAGCCCUGUGGGAGGGAGACGGGGGGAAGGAGGUGGGGGUGGGGAGAGAGAUCACCCCAGGUUUCUAUCAAGACCUUGACACCCUAGCAAGACUUGUUUCUCUCCUUCCUUCUGCCCUACCCCGACUGAGGCUGUACAAAGGAUGCUACCAACUGAUGGCAGGGGCUAACCCAAUGCAGGCUCAAAACAUGCUCAACAGUACUGGACGAGCCUCUCUCUUGCGUCGUAGGGGACUGGACAAGGAAUGGAAGAAAGUCAGCAGUACAGCGAUGUUGAGUCACGAGCAAGCCAUGGCACAGCUGUUGGCUUACAAACACCUCCCCACCAUCUCUUGACCCUACCUCCUCCAGAGUGCCACGCCCCCUGCCCACACCCCAAUAAACACUUCUAGCAAACACAGGACUGAAAUUUGAGGCUGAACUAUGAAUGUAUAAGUACCUAUAUACAUGUGUAGCUGACCCCUUCAUAGCAUUAUGUGUGAACUGCUCAUUUUGUACAAUAGUAAUAUUACACAUGCAGCAUUUACAAUUAUAUCGCUGCAUCGAGAAACAAACACACAAAAUGGUGAAAAGGACC